UAAAUAUGAGUAUUUAUAAUUUUAUUUGUAAUAUUGACCGGCAUGAACCGGCACAAACCGAUAUGUGCCGCCGGUUGAACCAUUCCACUUGCUAAACCGGCACACUGACAUAAACCGGUUUGACAACCUUGACGAAUAGCAAUCCCCAAAACUAUUCCCAUUCCACACGGGGAAGUUCCACGUUGUUCCAUAAAAUGAAAUAAUUCCACGUCCCAAAAGCUGCUUGAAAAAGAAGCCAGCCGAGCUGUACAGUGUACACUACAAACUCGGGAAACCUCCGCCUUCUCCUUUUCUCCUUAAACCCUCUCUUCGUCUCUGUCUCUACUCUUACCCCUUCCCGAUAAAUAUACACAGCCAAGAAAACCCUUUAAUCUCUUCUUCGUCUUCAGGACGAUGGACGAUUCAGGCGAUCAGAGGUUCCGUAAGUACCACCCGUACCAGAAUUUCUACAGCGUCCCUUCGCAGAGCCUCUACAACCUCCCCACGUCGCCAGAAUUCCUCUUCCAAGAAGAAGCCGCGCGCCAGCGGCGGAGCUGGAGCGAGAAUCUCACCUACUACACCGGCGCUGGGUACCUCGGCGGCGCGAUCGUCGGCGGCGCGAAGGGGACGCUCGAUGGGAUCAAGGCGGCCGAGGCCAGCGACAGAAUGAAGGUGCGGGUGAACAGGGUUUUGAACUCCGGCGGGCACAGUGGUCGGCGGUUGGGCAACACCGUAGGAGUUUUGGGUCUGAUGUUUAGCGGGAUCGAGAGCAGCUUGGUUGCGUUGAGGGAUGAGGAUGAUUUGGUUAACACCGUGGUUGCUGGGCUUGGAACUGGGGCGAUUUAUCGAGCCGCUAGAGGGCCCAGAUCGGCGGCGAUUGCUGGUGCUAUUGGCGGUAUCGCCGCCGCUGCUGCUGUCGCCGGGAAGCAUGUUGUUAAGAGAUAUCUUCUUGUGUAGUAAAAACAUGUCAUUCGAUUCUUGGUAGAAAUUGGAUCUUUUGUUCUCUGUUCACUCUUGCAAAGAUUUUAUCUUUAAUUGAUCGACUCUAUAACAGCGUAGGAUUGCAUCUCUAGAUUUCGAAUUCAGCUAUACAUUGACUCUCAGAUAGAUUUGAUGAUUGAUUGACAAAAUUUCAUAACUUGGAAGCCGACGAUUGGAAGAAUUCUUUGUUUGUGGCCGCAUCAAUAGUCUGAAACAGCAAAGGAAAGCUGCAAAAGGAAGGUGCAGGGCUAUUUGCAUUUGGAAUUCACCAUUUAUUGUUUCACAAGUUGUGACCAAAGUAAAACUCAGAACCAAGU